AUGUAUGUCGAAAGGGUGACUGAGGAACAAGCGGCAACUUUUCAUGAGCAAUGGGUAGCCAGCAAUGGAACUGCAGACUGCUGCUCAGCGGACAACUUCUCUAUAUGGCUAUCCCGUGAUCCCGCAUCAUCCUGGAACAAAUCAGCUGGACGGGUUUUUGCCAGAGAUAUUAUGGAAAAAAUUCAAGCCGAUCCAAACAACAGCAGGGUACGGGAGAACCUAGAAAGGCAUUUUUAUAAGAGGAUGAAAAGUAUUCAUCGGACUUACAUGGAAAAGAAGAAGCCCUCUCAUGUGCAGGCCCAAUUGAAGGACAUCCGUGCUAAGAGAAACCGGCGUGCCUUGGCGACGAGUAUACUAAUCAUAAACAUCUACGAACAGCUCUUUAAGCGACGCCUCACAGUCUGCGUUCGCCACUCAGAGAUGCAUAGACACGUGCAGAUAAUGAAGUGCUUGGGUUCGGAUGGAAUGUCCAGUGACGAACCAGAGCCGGGAAUGCCUCAGACUCACAUGACUUACCGCCGAAAGCUGUUGCCUUGGCAUAGUGGGUCGCUGAUGGCUUUGCUCCGCCUCUUCGAUACUAUUUACCAAACUGACUAUCGACUUCAGCCUGACCACACACCUACUUGGGGAAAGAUGCCUCGACUACGUGAAGGUCAUCAAGCCUGCCGUAGUUCGGACUUGAAGUAUGUUCCUGGCCUCCCUAUAAAUGCGUACGACAAAGGAUGGAUUCUCAAACGAGACCAUGUGUUCCUACGUGAUAAGGUGAAACCUACCAAAGAACAAUACGACUUCUCGUUAUCAGCAGAAAUGGCGAACCUGUACGUAGUUUCCCAAACUUCAGGACUCAUUCUAAUUUGA